CCUGGCAACUUGUCUGUGAUGCGAAUAAAGACGCGUAUUAUCUAUGUUUUUUAUAAUUUAUGGUAUAAUACAAUUGCGAAGAGAAGUGCCGCGAGUGUAUUCAAUUACUAAAGAAGAAAAAUAAUGUUGCAGACAUUUACUUCUUAAUUAUUGUGUACAAUGUAAUUUUUAUUUAAUGUAUAGUAUUAACUAUUCAAAUUAUUUGUAUUGUAACUCAUAAAAAAAGACAAAGUACGAUUAAGAAAUAUAGUAUAUUCUGUGAUUAAAUAGAGUAUUUAGUAUUGUUCGAUGUUACUUUCAUAUUAAAUAUAGAAAAUAAUGUCAAGUACAAUAACUGGAAAGAAUUUACUACGACCCACCGGAUUACAAUGUAAAAAUCUUCAAGAGUAUUUAAAAUCACGACCUCCAGAAGUGUUGAAUAAACUCUAUCACAAUCCUCCAAUUUGUUUGGCUGUAUUUCGUGAAUUGCCUGUGAUAGCUAAGCACUAUGUUAUGCGAUUGUUAUUUGUCGAACAACCGGUACCUCAAGCAGUCAUUGCUUCUUGGUGUUCUAAACUUCAUUUUGAAGAGCAUCAAAAGGUAGUUUCGAUAUUGAAUGAACUGAAUGUGUGGAAAGAAGUUUCCAUACCAGGAGGAUUACCUGGAUGGAUUCUAAAUACUACAUUUAAGAAAAAUUUAAAAAUUGUUUUACUGGGAGGCGGUAAACCAUGGACCAUGUCAAAUCAAAUGGAAACUGAUAGUAAACCAAGAGAUGUUGCGUUUUUAGAUUCGUAUGCAUUAGAAAGAUGGGAAUGUGUUUUGCAUUAUAUGGUUGGAUCACAGCAGCAAGAAGGUAUAUCAGCUGACGCUGUUAGAAUUCUUUUACAUGCUGGUUUAAUGAAACGAGAUGAAGCUGAUGGAAGUCCCGUUAUUACUCAAGCUGGAUUUCAGUUUUUGUUAUUAGAAACUGCAUCGCAGGUGUGGUACUUCAUUUUACAAUAUUUAGACACGAUAGAAGCGAGAGGCCUUGAUUUGGUUGAAUGCCUGACAUUUCUCUUUCAAUUAAAUUUUUCAACACUUGGCAAAGAUUAUAGUACUGAAGGAAUGUCUGAGGGUUUACUAACAUUUCUACAACACCUACGGGAAUUUGGCUUGGUAUAUCAAAGAAAACGAAAAGCUGGAAGAUUUUAUCCUACACGACUAGCAUUAAAUAUUGCCACUGGACAAAACAAGCCACUAUCCAGAGAUCCAGAAAAAGAGGGUUAUAUCGUUGUUGAAACAAAUUACAGAGUAUAUGCUUACACAAAUUCAAAUUUACAAGUUGCCUUACUUGGUCUAUUUUGUGAAAUGUUAUAUAGGUUUCCAAAUUUAGUUGUAUCAAUAUUAACAAGAGAUUCUGUACGUCAAGCUUUAAAAAGUGGUAUUACAGCAACUCAGAUUGUAGGUUAUUUGCAGCAACAUGCUCAUAGUAAGAUGAUAGAGGCAGGUCCUCCAGUUUUACCUCCUACAAUUGUAGAUCAAAUUAAAUUAUGGGAAAAUGAGAGGAAUAGAUUUGUAUUUAGCGAAGGAGUUUUAUACAGUCAGUUUCUCUCUCAAACUGACUUUGAAGUACUCAGAGAUCAUGCCCUUUCUACCGGAGUAUUAAUUUGGCAAAGUGACAGAAAACGAACGAUGGUAGUCACAAAAGCAGGCCAUGAUGAUGUAAAAAAAUUUUGGAAACGAUAUUCCAAAGGCUCCAGUUAGUAAAACAAAAUACCAAGAAUAUGUGCCAGAAUAUGAGAAAAAUCUCACCUUCGAUUAUGUUGUAUUUUUUCAACUUUAAUACUUGUAAUAUAAGUGAUUUUAUUAAAUGUGUUACACACCAAAA